UAUUCGAACAUCUAAUCCCGCUCUCCGAAGUUGGCAGAACGUACUACCUGCAUACUUCGGUGAUGGUGCAAAAUAGAAAAAAAUAUAUUCUCUUCCGUUCGGAACUUAAUCAGCUUGUUCGAAUUGUGAGAUAAUUGAUAUGACUUCAUAUCUGCACAUGACUUAAAGGUUGAAAAACCGCCUCUUUCAUUUAGCACACAGCCACGUUAUGUUUAGUUUAGUUCGUAUUUUUUGAAGAAUGUGGGAAUGAGUCUAACGGGCCACAAAUUCCAAGUUUCUCUCAGUAUUAAGAGAGAUGAUGGGAAUGCUUUGGUGUUCUAUAAGCCAGAUGGGCAGAGAUUUGAAAAUGAUAUCACCAUCAAGAUGAAAGUUCAAACACCCUAUAAACUCUUGCUGACCGUGCGACCACCGCAGAAAAUCAAAUUGGCAUCUAUGAAAGGCGAGGAAUUGGAAAUGACUUCCGAAGAAGUCAAUUCAGAAUCUACGAAGUAUGCUUUUGAAUGGAACAGCAACAACAUUCCUGUGACGAAAAAGAAUCGAAGGUUGAGUUUCAAUCUCAUUUUAGAAAUCCAAAACGGGGGAGUCUUGGAGUUACCACUGCAAAUGAAAUUUUACAAUGCGUCUGACACUCAUCACUCAGCUUGGGGGAAAAGCUUGAAUCACAUCGAAUUCAACUGCAUGCACAAGACAGGCAGUUCUUUCGUAGAAAUAAUCAGCACAGUGUAUCGUUGACAAAGUUCCGUGGCAAGAACUCAUUUCCGACAAUACAGAAAAAAUAGUUCAUUUUUAUUUCGUUUGCUUGUAAAUUUUGCUUGCAAUAAAUAGGAAAUAGAACUACUUCUGAAACUUGCAUAAAUUGAGCAUAGAAUUUGGAUCAACACUCUCCACGUGCAAGUCUCCAGUCUCUACAUAAGCAGAAUUCAGUGUAUUCUACUCAAAUCAGCUGAAAAUGUUCUUGUCUAAUGUGCUAAACACCAAACUGUUUAACUAUUUUGUACGGUUUUAUGAUUUAUAUAAUGCAUGUAAUAAAAUCACUUAUGCAUCGUU